AUGGUGGGAGGUCUCUCUUUGAGUUGCACCGACAACCCAUGGUGGCUCCGGCUGUUUUCAGUCAUUGUCUGUACCAUGGCAGCCCUCACUGGGGCGGUCUACGUGCAGUUUACUCAUCUGGAGGGGUACGACUUCAUGGCUGACCUGCAGCAGAACACCGCGAAGCAGAAUUUGACUGGCCACCACAUGAGGCCAGGAGCGAAGAGCCCGCAGGCCACUCCUCCCGCCAGCCCCGCGCGCAGUCUCCCGGGCACUCUGCUGCCUUUGACGGGCCUUCGGGGCAGCUCCCCGGGUGUGAGCCCGUGCAAGGGCAACCCAAGCCCCCCGAAGUCUCCCCAACCGGGGCCAAGCUUCGACCUGAAAGCCUUGAUCCCGGACCACCUGGACGAAGACAUCUUCGCAAGGUACGACUUCGAUGACAAGGAGCUCGGCGCCGGGGGCUUCGGAAGCGUCUACUUGGCCAAGGACCAUAAGAUGGCGGACCGCCAGGUGGCCAUCAAGAAGGCCGUGAUGCUUGACGGGGACAUGAGGCAGAACUUCCAGCAAGAAGUGAGGAUCAUGAAGGAGUUGGACCACCCCAACAUCUGCCGGGUGUACGAAAGCUACGACCACGGCCGCCAUGUGUUCUUCGUGAUGGAGUAUUGCGCCGGCGGUGAUUUGUUCGACCGUAUUUUGAGGCAGGGGGGAAUCUCUGAAGCAGAAGCCGCGGAGAUCCUCCGGCAAGUUGCCGGGGCACUGAAGCGCCUCGGCAGACUUGUGAGAGGCUCCUCUGACAUGCAGGACACGCGCGUGAAGGUCAUCGACUGGGGCCUGGGCUUCUACUUCAGGCGCUCCCGGAUGAACACAGCGGUCGGAAGUGGUGCCUAUGCCGCCCCCGAAGUCCAGCGACCGGUUGGAGGUGGUGCCUACACCAGCGCCUGCGAUCUCUGGAGUUUGGGCGCGAUGGCAUGCGUGAUGCUUUCAGGAGAGCCUCCCAACUACGGCGGGAAUGCUUUCGAUGAGCAGCAUGACUUUGCGCCGCACGGGCCAAUCUGGGAGAAGAUGUCGUCCGACGCGCGAUCUCUGGUAACUUCCCUGCUAAAAUGGGACCCGUCCAAGCGGCCGAGUGCGGAUGCGGUCCUGAACCACGCGUGGUUGAGGACCUACGAUGAGCAGCCCAGCAUCAUGAGCUCCAAGACGGAAGUCCUCAAAAACCUGCGUCGAUUUAGCAACAACUCCACCUUCCUGUCGCUCUGCGCUGCCUCGGUGGCCCAGCAGCUCUCUCGGCGUGGCCUCAAAGAGCUGGAGCAGGCUUUUCGUCGGGUUUUGGGGAAGGGUUCUUAA